AUGGACAUCGCCAAGUUACAGAGGUACCAGAGGUACCAGGGGUUCAACAGUUUCGGUCCGCGAUGGCUGCUGUAUCAGUAUCUGCUGACGGAUGCUAAGCUCAGGCACAUGCUUAACAUGGGUCCGCAUUGCGGGAUCGUUACGUUCGUUACCUGGAUCAUGCUGAUGGUCAUCGUUGUCUGGUCACUCGUGAGUGCAAAAGCGACGAUCUCUCAGCAGAAGAAGUUCGAGGAGCUGCAGAAGGAGGCAGAGAAGAAAAUUCCACGGAAGAAAAGCGUGGCGGACAUCAGGCCGAUCUACAAUUGUAUUCAUAAGCACCUGCAGCAGACCGACGUGUUCCAGGAGAAGACGAAGAAAAUGCUCUGUAAGGAACGUCUCGAGCUGGAGAUUCUGAGCAGCAGAAUCAACUGCAUCAACAAGCUGUUAAAGCCUGAGGCGCAGACUGAAUGGCGGCGGAGCCGGUUACCAAAAGUGUAUUAUCGUGCCAUUAACUCGGCCGCGUCGAAGUAA